CACGCAAGGGCAGGCGGCUAUUGGCCAUGAAGUCUAAAGUGACAGGACAGCUCCGGCUCCAGCGACCAGGUGGCCUAUCCGCUUGCCUACCUGCUGAACCAGUGCUGCAUCCUUGCUGAUGGCCUCUUCUGAGAACAAAUUUUGAAACCUUUUUUGGCUCUGGGUGGCUAGCAACUCAUCCAGAAUCAUACCUCACCAGCGCGUGCUGCAACUGAGACAACAGCCAGCCAGCCUAGGCCAUGGACGCGGCCGACUGACUUGCAGCUGCACCAUGAGGAGGAUCUCGACUGCAUCCAGCACGCUGUUUACGGUCAGAGAUGGCGCCGGGCCUCGUUGACACCUUGUCAGCGCCCCGAGGUAGCUAUAAGACGAAGAUGUCCUCCAUCUGUCAUCCAGCAUCAUUGACAAGGCCGGCCCUUCAGCAACAAUCUCUUCUUCACUGCCAGCAUGAAGAUCAGCACUCUCCUUCUUGCCUCAGCUGUUGCUGCCGCGCCUGCUCCGGCAGCCGCUGCCCUCGACAAGCGCCAAGCUACACCAACCUACGCUGGUUCUUGUACCACGACUGUGCAGAACUUCGGCAUCCUUCCCCCCAUCGGAAGCAGCUGUAGCUACGCAACGACUCCUGGGCCGUUCACAGAUGUUACUUGUGCACUUCUCGGUCUCCCGAUCUUGAAUAUUGGCAACUGCAACACCGCCAUUCCUCAGUCUUGCUCCACAUCAGUCACGACCAGGGUCACCACCAUCGUUCACCAGCUCUUGUUUUUGGCCUCGACAGAGACCGCGACCAUCACAUCAACAGGAACUACUUGUGCCACUUUGACAUUCCCUGUUCGCCCUAAUGGUGCCCUUGCUUCAACCACAAAGGCCGCCGUGCCGACCACGUCGGCUGCAGCUUUACCUACAUUGCUACCGGUCGUUGCGCCUACUUUGGCUUUGCCUACCAGCAUUGUUCCAACGGUUCCCUCGUUGGCUGUACCAACAAGCAUCAAGGUUUCGGUCUCCGUUCCAAUUCCUGCAGUGUCUGUGCCAGGUCCCUCGCUUCCUCUUCCUCCGGUUUCGAUUCCUGCAGUCUCUGUUUCUAUUGGAGUGCCUGCCGUCUCUGUUCCUGAAGUCUCGCUGCCGGGCAUGGCUCUCCCAACGACAUCGAUCAAGGCGCCUGCAGUCUCGGUGCCUGCACCAUCUGUCCCUGCAGUCUCAGUGCCUGCACCAUCUGUCCCUGCAGUCUCAGUGCCUGCACCAUCUGUCCCUGCAGUCUCAGUGCCUGCACCAUCUGUCCCUGCAGUCUCAGUGCCUGCCGUGUCUCUCCCAGUGACAGUUCCAGGCGCAGUCACAUCUGCUUUGCCUACCGUCGCUGUGCCAACACCCACUGCUGGUCUUCCUCGCAUCUCCAAGAACGGCGCCACCUACAAGGGCUGCUACGUUGACUCUGUCAACAGCCGUACUCUUCCCGACCGUCUUGCUGAUGUGGGUUCUGUUGAGCAGUGUGUCUCUGCUUGUCAAGCUGCCGGCUACUCUCUUGCUGGUUUGGAGUUCAAGCACGAAUGCUACUGUGGCAACAGCAUCUCUGCCAGCACUCUUCCUGACAGCAGCUGCAAUGCUCCUUGUGAUGGUGACGCUACCGAGACUUGCGGUAAUGCCGAUGCACUCCAGGUUUACACCCUGCCUACACUGCCAAACGCCUCGUCGAUUGUCGGUGGCGGUGCUCCCACUGGUCUUCCGGCAGCGGGUGCUUCCGCUGUUCCAGCAACGAUUCCUCUUGUCGUUGCCAACGGUGCCAUCCCUGCCAGCUACGCCGGUUGUUACCAGGACAGCGUCAACGCACGUACAUUGCCUGUUCGUGUGUCUGAUGUAGGCUCCAUCGAACAGUGUGUUGCCGCCUGCUCUGCUCAGGGCUUUGCUUUUGCCGGUGUUGAGUACACCAACGAGUGCUACUGCGGUAACACCGUCACUGCCCCUCAGAUUGCCAUCACCAACUGUCAGAAGUACACUUGCAAGUCUGCGCCUGCAGAGUUUUGCGGUGGCGAUUCUGCCCUCCAGCUCUACCGUCUGUCUGCUGUUGCCACCUCGGCUGCUCUCCCAGCUGCAACCAAUUCUGUCGCUCUGCCAGCUGUGUCUAACACUGCCGGCUUGCCUGCGUCUGCUGUCGCACCAGUCUCGUCGCCUACCGUUGCUGUCAAGGCAAUUCCUCUCGUCAUCACCAACGGCGGCUCUGGCCCUGCCAACUUUGCCGGCUGCUACCAGGACUCGACCAACUCUCGCUCUCUUCCUGUUCGCGUUGCCAAUGUCGGUUCUGUUGAGCAGUGUGUUUCGCUCUGUUCGGCUGGUGGUUAUGCUCUUGCUGGUGUUGAGUACACCAACGAGUGCUACUGUGGAAAUGCCAUUACUGCUCCACAGAUUGCUGCCACCUUCUGCCAGAAGUACACUUGCAGUGCUGCACCUACUGAAUACUGUGGUGGCGAUGACUCUCUCCAGGUCUACCGUCUUUCUACGACCGCUGGUGCUUCACCUUCUUCUGGUUCUGGUUCUGGCUCUGGUGCUGGUGGUGCUGGCGGUGUUGUUCCUACGACUGGUGCUGUUACUCCUGUUGCCACUUCUGGUGUCAAGGCCAUUCCUCUGGUUGUCGCCAACGGUGCCAAUGCUCCUGCUACAUUCGCUGGCUGCUACCAGGACUCGACCAAUGCUCGUGCUCUCCCCAUCAAGGCUGGUGAUGUCGGUUCCGUUGACCAGUGUGUCUCGCUCUGUGCUGCUCAAGGUUACGCUCUUGCUGGAGUGGAGUACACGACUGAAUGUUACUGUGGAAAUGCUAUCACUUCUCCUCAGGUCGACACCACUCGCUGCCAACAAUACACUUGCAGGGAUUCUGCCUCCCAGUUCUGCGGUGGUGACAACUCUCUGCAGGUCUACCGUCUCUCUGCUGGCUCUGGUGCUUCGCCCUCUUCUGGAUCUGGAUCUGGCUCGGGUGCUGGCGGUGUUGUUCCUACGACUGGUGCUGUUACUCCUGUUGCCACUUCUGGUGUCAAGGCCAUUCCUCUCGUUGUCGCCAACGGUGCCAACGCUCCUGCUACUUUUGCCGGCUGCUACCAAGACUCGACCAACGCACGUUCUCUUACGACUCAAGUUGCAAACGUUGGCUCUGUUGACCAGUGUGUUGCUGCUUGUGCUGCUCAGGGCUUUGCUCUUGCUGGUGUUGAGUACACCAACGAGUGCUUCUGUGGCAACGCCAUCACUGCUCCUCAGAUUGACACUACUCGUUGCCAGCAGUACACUUGCAAUGCUGCUCCCUCUCAGUUCUGUGGCGGUGACAAUGCUAUUCAAGUCUACCGUCUCUCUUCUGGCAGUGCUGCCUCGCCUACUGGUGGUGCUGGCUCUGGCUCUGGCGGUGCUGGUGGUGUCAUUCCUACAACUGCUGCUGCUGCUCCUGCUUCCGGUGUCAAGGCCAUUCCUCUCGUCGUUGCCAACGGUGCCAACGCUCCUGCUACAUUCACCGGCUGCUACCAAGACUCGACCAACGCGCGCUCCCUUCCUGUCAAGGCUGAUGAUGUUGGCUCCGUCGAGCAGUGUGUGGCUGCUUGCUCUUCUCUCGGUUAUGCUCUCGCUGGCGUUGAGUACACGACUGAGUGCUUCUGUGGCAAUGCCAUCACUGCUCCUCAGAUUGACACGGCUCGCUGCCAGCAGUACCAAUGCAAAGCUGCUGCCAACGAGUACUGCGGUGGUGACAAUGCUAUUCAAGUCUACCGUCUCUCUGCUGGUCCUACUGCUCCUGCUACCACUGCUGCUCCUGCUGGCGCUGCUCCUACGAGCCCUGUUGCUGUCUCUGGUGCCACCAUUCCUCUCAUCACGACAAGCGGUGCUACCUUCAAGGCCUGUUACCUCGACAACACUGGUGCUCGUGCCCUUCGCAACCGUCUUGCUGAUGUCAAUGAUGCGCAACCCAUCAACACCUGUGCGACCAUGUGCAAGUCUGCGGGCUACUCUCUGGCUGGUCUGGAGUACGGUCACGAGUGUUGGUGCGAUAACAGCAUCAACAAUGGCCAGACCAUCACGAGCAACAACGACUGCAGUCAGAAGUGUGAUGGCAACGGCCAGCAGUUCUGCGGUAACGCUGAUCGCGUCCAGGUCUACAAUAUCUAGACUUUCCUAAUUAGUUCUUGUAUAUCAACUUCUUCGCAUAGUUCAAAUUAUCUAUUUGU